UGGUGUGAUGAUUUUAUUGCAGGGAUUAAUGGAUUCUCUUACAACCUGGCAUUCAAAUCUUGAAUGCUUUCUUAAUGGAGUAACUCCAAUUGUUCCUUCACAAUCCCUUUCUCAGGAAUGUGUUCAAGAUUUAAACAACAGAUGGAGACUACCUGGCCAGGAUAAAAUUGAAUACUUCACUUUGGCAGAUCUUUGGGAUUGCUAUGAUGAAUGGAGUGCAUAUGGGAUUGGAAUCCCACUCAAGUUGGAUGGUGGAGAAAACAUUAUGCAAUACUAUGUUCCUUAUCUAUCUGCUAUUCAUAUUUACACCAGCAAAUCUCUGGCCACUCCCAGGACUCCAAAGGAGGACAGUGACACUGCAGAUCCUGAGAGUGAUUGUUGGAGUGAUGAUAGUGAGAAUGAUAAAUUGUCAAGAUCUCUAAGCAACAACUCAAGCAAAACUUGGGACACCAUUUCUGAUGAUUUGAGUUCUGACCCUGAGGGUUCCUUGUCUAUGAAAAAUCACCUUGGCUACCUUUACUUGCAGCAUAAUGAGAUGUCCUCUCCUUACUGGAGGAUCCCACUCAUGGACAAGAUAGUUGAACUAAGUAAGAAUUAUCCUGCAUUGAUGACAUUGAAGAGUGUGGAUCUCUCUCCAGCUAGUUGGAUGGCUGUUGCUUGGUAUCCUAUUUAUCAUAUUCCACUGGGGAGAAAUGUGAAGGACUUGUCCACAUGCUUCCUCACAUACCAUACAUUGUCUUCAUCUUUCCAAGAUGUAGUGGAUGUGGAUGAUGAUGGCGACAAAAGGAAAAGCAGUUUUUGCAAAGAAGGGGAAUCUAAGGGAGAGAGGAGUAGCAGGGUUUCCCUUCAUCCCUUUGGCUUGGCUACUUACAAGAUGCAAGGCAACCUUUGGAUAAAGCCACAGACUUCUGAUCAUGAGAAGAUGGUUUACCUUCAUUGUGCUGCAGAUUCCUGGCUGAAGCAACUCAGAGCUGAUCACCAUGACUAUUACUUCUUCACUUCCCAUUCUACCAUGUGAAUGGACUUGUAAUUUUUCUUCUCUCUUCUUCUCUGUGCUUGCAGAUAAUGGAGCAAGAUGUAAAGACAUCACCAUUAAUUCAUCGAAUUAAUACUUUAACACUUGUAAUAAUGUGCUCGCCAACAUGCAUUUCUCUUGGUCAUUAAUCUUCCUUUCCUUCU